UGAUGGUUUAAGACGAAAAUACCCUAGCCAACUUCCUGUCAAAUCCUGCUCCUCUACUUUCCUCAUCAUAUCAGUCUAGUGCAUCUAAGGAAACGCCGCCGCCCUCCGGCUAACUGACUUCCUCUAAAUCCUAUUCCUCUACUUUCUUCGUCACAAAUCGCUACAAGUCGACCUGCAUUUUUGGUUGUCGAAUGGGCAAGGCUCUUUGUCUUGUUAUCAACCGUUCUGGUAAGGAUGUCAAAUUCACAGAGUGGAGGCUGGGGUAUGAGGAGAAAUUGAAGCAAUGGGUACGGAAGGCUGUCGACGAAAAAACAAUUGAGUCAGGGGACCAUUACGCCUUCAGUGCGUCAGAAUUUGUCAAGCAUUGGGAGCAUAUACAGAAGGUGGUGCGAAAGUACCCGGAGUGGAUGGUUUCCCUUGAAAGUGAAGAUGUGAAAGGGAUCCCGCUACCAGUCUCUGAACUCAAGGACAACAGAGCCUUCGUCUUCGAAAUGGGAGAAAACAAUGAGUUGGUGAAAUUAACUGUAUCCAGAGAAGAAGCGAAGCGCAGAGGAAUCAAGAAAGGAUUCUUUGGGAGUGUUGAGAAGAUGGCAAGCCAAUUAAUCUCACUUGUGAACGAGCGGAAUAACAUGUGAAGAACUUGGCAAGGCUAUUAGGAGUCAGCACCAAGUUGGAUUUGCUUAUCUACCUUGCAAGUGGUCUGGUAAGUUCAGACUGAUAAAAAUCAAUAUCACCAAGGCUAUAGUGCAUAUGAACCCUGUCGUUUGGUGAUUAGGGAUUUGUUUUUGGUACCAUAUAAGAAUCUUCUGCCCAGCUGGUUAGGGCCAGAUGUUCGAUUGAUCAAGUUUUUUCGUUGAUAUGCUAAUUGUAUUGUUGUUCCUAUUCUCUCUAGUUUAGAGCUUCAACUCAUACCCGUCUUGUACAUGCAUUCCAGUGCCUUAAGCAAUUUGUCAUUUUAUCCAUAGUCUGGGCUGCAAAUUCAGUAAGGUAAGCUUUUGAAAAUUGGGAAAGCCCUCAGGAAGUAGGAGCCAACUCAACCUAUGGUGUCUCACUUUUCCCACUGUCCAUAGUUUUGUUUCUUUCGGCCUAUUUGACUGCCAAAAAAUCAGAACCUGUUAAUCUCUUCAGUCUCUUUGAAGACUGACAGAAUCCUUGCAAGCUAAGUCGAAAGACACUGUUAAAGCUUAAUGACCUUUUCCACAAGAAUGGCACCUAGAUGCGUUGUGAGGGGACGCAGCAGAAACCUGUUGAUAGCUUCUUUUUGCACAAAAUAUGUUGUAUUGCUGAACAUUCAUUUUCUUGUUUUUGAGGCCUUUAACUUAGGACACUAUAUAGAAUCUAGGUUACCUGAUAUUGGAGCGGGAAAAGAAUGCUUUGAAUGAUAUGCAGUUUGAUCUCUGAACUGCCUUGUCACCAUGUUUACUCAGGUGGGAAUCUGUGGCCUCAUGUAUAAGUAAUUUAGAUAAGUUGGUGUCCCUCUUGCGAUUGAUGCCCCUGCUGCAGCUAACACCA